ACACUGGCUGCAGUUUGACUCACGAGGUUUUGGAGGGUUUCAAUAGCGAUAUGAACUUUCGUUGUUUCUUGCCUUGCGUAACUGUGUUGACGUGUGCAGGACGACGUACUGUGCUUCUCCUUGCAGCGGUAUCCUGGCCGCGCCGCGUACGUGUGGCAUGCACCGUGACGAAACGAACCGACUGACCACGUCCUUAAUUUUGCUGUCUUUCCAACAGUUGUGCCAAAGGUUCCAUUUAAGGAAAAAGUCUUGUUUCGGUUGUUCGAUUUCUUUCUUGGGGUGAGCAGGGUAUAUUCGUUCUUCCGUCACCCCCCACGACUUGCACCCUCAUCUAGAUUCUCAACAAGGACUCGGUUCUUUUCGGAAGGACGAUUUGUGUAUAGUGCUUAGUUCUGCCUUUGCCUCUUCGUCCCACGUCGCCAUGUCGGGGUUUGUCUUCAAUCCGAACGCCAGUGUCUUCGUGCCUGGCGGCGUAUCCUCCGCGCCACCACCUCCACCACCUGCAAGCGAGGACCCUGCCCGGGCGCUUUCUUGUCCGGCAGCCCAGGCUCCUGCUGCUUCUCUUGGGACGGCCCCCAAAGCAAUGACUACCGCGUCUGUACCAACAGUGAAGGAAGUUACAGAACAAAUGGAGCAUCUUCAAGUCCAGCAAAAGGAGUCGUGCUGGUCGGACGAAGCAGACGAUCGUGUUGAAGACACGGGAUUCCCUGCAAAUGAGGAAAAAGCAGCCGAAACGGCACCUGCCGCCUCCGCGGCAGCGGCCCAGCAACCCGCAGGCUCACCAGAAGGUGUGAUGUCGAAGGCUCAAGUAAGAGAAGCUGCUGCAGCUGCUGCGAACAAGAAGAACCCUCCAGACAGUCGGCCUCAUCUGAACAUUGUUUUCAUUGGGCACGUUGACGCGGGUAAGAGCACGACCUGCGGAAACAUCUUGUACCUCACCGGCGGAGUGGACGAGCGGACGAUUGAGAAGUACGAGAAAGAAGCCAAAGAGAAGAACCGCGAGUCCUGGUUUCUUGCCUUCGUCAUGGACACUAACGAAGAAGAGCGACAGAAGGGAAAGACUGUCGAGGUGGGCCGAGCGUUCUUCUCGACACCAAACCGCCGCUUCACUCUGUUGGAUGCGCCCGGCCACAAGGCCUUCGUGCCGAAUAUGAUCGAAGGUGCUGCCCAGGCGGACAUCGGCGUCUUGAUUAUUUCCGCAAGAAAGGGAGAAUUCGAAACUGGAUUCGAGAAGGGCGGUCAGACGCGCGAGCACGCUCUGCUUGCGAAGACCCUGGGUGUCAACCAGCUGGUCAUUGCUGUGAACAAGAUGGACGAGCCGACGUGCGGCUGGAGUCAAGCGCGGUUCGAAGAAAUCGAAAAGAAGCUUACUCCGUUCCUCAAGUCCUGCGGCUUCAACCCUGCGAAGGAUAUCUUCUUCAUUCCCAUCUCUGGCCUGCACGGUCAGAACCUCAAGGAUCACGUGUCGCGUCCAGGAACCAAGGCCUAUGACGCUCGGGCGUCGUGGUAUGGGACAGACCGGCCGAGUCUCUUCGAACUCUUUGACUCCGUGCCCCUUCCGGAUCGCAAGGCGGACGACCCCCUUCGUGUCCCGAUUCUUGAUGGAUACAAAGACGGUGGCGUCGUUGCUUUGGGCAAAGUCGAAGCCGGCACACUGAUGCCUGGAAUGAACUGCGUGUUGAUGCCGUUCAAGAACAAGGUGAAGGUGACUGGUGUGUUCAUCGAAGAUGACGAAGUGGCCUUUGCGAAACCCGGAGAGAACGUGCGAAUCAAGUUGAUGGGCGUUGAUGAGGAUCAACUCGGAAACGGCAUGAUGCUGUGCCCGGUGAACGACCCCUGCCCUGUCGUCACUUCUUUUGUUGGGCGGCUGGGCAUUGUCGAGCUCCUUGAGCACCGCCCUCUCGUCACGGCUGGCUACUCGUGUGUGUUGCAUGCGCACACAGCGCGGGAGGAGGUUGUUCUGAACAAGCUUCUUGAGGUGGUUGACAAGAAGACGAAGAAGAAGAAGAACAACCCGCAGUUUGUCAAGAACGAUUGCAUGGUUACCGUCGAAGUUGAGCUGCAAAAUCCGAUCUGUCUGGAGGAGUUUGAGAAAAUGCCACAACUGGGCCGAUUCACUCUUCGCGAUGAAGGAAAGACUAUCGGUAUUGGCCGCGUGUUGCAGAUUUUGAAGACGGCAUAAGGCCGAGAGUGCCAUUGUUUUCUGUUGAGGCUCUGUCGAGACGCGGGCUACGCGCAAUGCUUGCGCAAACUUAAAUGCCUGUCUUUCGUUUCUCCGCGGAAACCGCGGCUGUGUGGUUUGAGCUAUUUUCGGAAGUGAAGAGGCGUAGUUCAUUCGCGUCGUGAACAGACAUCCGAUAUUUCCGUCUAUUUAGCGAGGCGAUUUGUCGUCACCUUUCUCGCUUUUUGUAGCAAGAAGCGUCGUGAGCAGCCCGAUGCUAAAUGCUGUGUCUUCCGUCCGGGAUCGUUUUUCACGCCGAUAACAUGAAACCCCUACCCGGGUAGGAACGUCAUGUGUAUCUAUCACAAGAUUGUGCUCACGAAUUCCCAGUUGCUCGAGCGGAAGGGCAGCUUCUCUUUCGUGUGCACAACUGUCGAGAGAGGCACUUCAUUGUCAACUUGCUGCAUUCAAAACGCCUUUCUACGGG